CCAAAGCUGUAGCAGUUGUGUUUUAAGUCCUUUUGAAGAGAGCGAUAGAUAGCUAUUUUCUUGACCAGCCCGCACACCACCGCUCUUUCUCUCUCUCUAGAAACUCCCUCUCUCUCUCUCUCUCUCUCUCUCUCUCUCUAAAACUAUAAUAAAAUUUUCUGACCAAUUUUUUAAUCGAAUCCUAAUCUUCUCUUUCUUUCGUCAACUGAAGAAACUGAAAUAAGUAGUAGAAGUAGAGAGAGAAAGAGAGAGUAGUUGUAGAGAGAGAGAGAGGAGAGAGAUGGGGUUUGAAUAUGCCAGAAGUGAAAGAAGAAAAGAUGAUUGAAGAAGAAUCCAAUUAAGGUAAGAGCUUUAUAUAGCUCUACAGUAAUGAAAUGCAUGUAUGUAUAUAUCAAGAAACCCCUAUUUGUUUUUUAAUUCAGAAUCAGUGAGAAUAUGAAGGAGAUUCAAAGAUUAGUGAGACAUUGUUGUUGUUGUUGUUAGUGGUAGUGUAUAACCAUGGUGGAUCGGCGAAGUGUUCUUGUUGUUCUAGGUUUUCUUUUCGUUCUGUUUCACUCUACAUUUCAACAACUGGUUGUUCCGUUGAGUUCGCGAACUGAGAGGUUCGCUUUGAUUCAACUCAGAUCGUCGCUAGGGUUGAGAAGCAAAGAAUGGCCGAAAAAAUCUGAUCCUUGUUCGAACUGGGUUGGUGUUCAAUGUCGGAAUGGUAGAGUAAUUGGGAUCAAUAUUUCAGGGUUUAAGAGAACUAGAAUUGGUUCUCAAAACCCCCAAUUCGCUGUUGAUUAUUUGUCGAAUUUCACUCUCUUGAUGUCUUUUAAUGCUUCUAGGUUCUUGCUUCCUUCUCCAAUUCCUGACUGGUUUGGUCUCCGACUCGGUUCUCUCCAAGUUCUUGAUCUUCGGUCUUGUUCUAUUAUUGGUGCUAUUCCAUCUAGUCUCGGAAAUUUGACUAAUCUUACUGCUUUGUAUUUAUCUAAUAAUGGUCUUACUGGGUUAAUUCCACCUAGUUUGGGUCAGUUGUCAAGUCUUUCAGUUAUUGAUCUCUCGCAGAAUUUGCUUUCUGGAUCUAUUCCUUCAUCAUUUGCCUCUCUUGGGAAUCUUACUUUACUGGACAUGUCUUCGAAUUUCGUGUCCGGGACAAUUCCUCCGGUCAUUGGGACUCUCUCCAAGCUCCAAUUCUUGAACUUGUCUAAUAAUGGUCUUUCUUCUUCGAUACCCGCUGAACUCGGUGACCUUUCUAGUUUGGUUGACCUUGAUCUCAGCUUCAAUUCUUUUUCUGGGUCAGUUCCCGUGGAUUUGAGAGGGUUAAGGAAUUUGCAGAAGAUGGUUAUCAGGAACAAUUUACUUGCUGGUUCAUUGCCAGGUAUCUUGUUUCCUGCCUUGACUCGGUUGCAGUUUCUAAUGCUGAAUCACAAUAAUUUCACUGGAAAUCUUCCUGACAUAUUGUGGUCACUGCCUGAAUUGCGUAUUCUUGAUGCCUCGGACAAUAACUUCACUGGUGCUCUACCCAAUAUAAGUGCUAAUGCUAGUGUCACUCCUGCAGUAUUGGACCUUUCUCAGAAUAUGUUUUAUGGACUUCUCACAUCGGUACUCAGGAGGUUCAAUAUUACCAAUCUGUCUAGCAAUUAUUUUGAGGGUAGGGUUCCAGAUUAUGCUCGUGGUAAUGCGUCCCUCGAUGGGAAUUGCCUCCAAAACUCGUCAAAUCAGAGGAGUGCUGCAGAAUGUGCAUCAUUUUAUGCUCAGAGGGGACUGACAUUUGAUAAUUUUGGACUACCGAAUGCCACUCAGCCCUCUCCAGCUAAGCCAGCACAGAAGAGCCACAAACACUGGAUCAUAUUGGGAGGAGUCUUGGGCGGUCUAGGGUUUAUUGCACUUUUGGUAAUUGUGGUGGUACUGCUGAUUGUAUGUACCCGCAAGAGAGACGUAACAAAUCAAAGGGCGAUUGGUGUGGGGCCUGUUCCUGCAGCCGGAACUCCACCACCUCCGGGAUUGUCUUUAAACUUUUCGAGUCUUGGGGAAAUGUUUACAUAUCAGCAGAUUCUCCAGGCAACAGAUAACUUCAAUGAUGUUAACCUAAUAAAAAAUGGCCAUUCAGGCGAUCUCUUCCGUGGAAUUCUCGAAGGUGGGAUUCCUGUAGUCAUCAAAAAAAUUGAUUUGCGCUCAGUCAAGAAGGAAGCAUACAUGUUGGAGUUAGACUUUUUCAGUAAGAUUUCUCAUACCCGAUUGGUUCCCCUUCUGGGACAUUGCCUAGAGAACGAGAAUGAGAACCAGAAGUUUCUGGUUUACAAAUAUAUGCCAAAUGGGGACUUGUCAAAUUCUUUGUACAGGAAAACGAAUUCAGACGAUGACUCUUUGCAGUCACUGGAUUGGAUAACGAGAUUGAAAAUUGCAAUAGGAGCUGCUGAGGGACUGUCUUAUCUACAUCAUGAAUGUAAUCCUCCCCUCGUGCACAGAGAUGUUCAAGCCAGCAGUAUACUUCUUGAUGAUAAAUUUGAAGUACGGCUAGGAAGCCUGAGUGAGGCCUGUGCUCAAGAAGGGGAUACCCAUCAAAGCAUGAUUACCAGGCUGCUGCGGUUGCCUACAACAUCUGAACAAGGCACUUCUGGUUUACCAACAGCUACAUGUGCCUAUGAUGUUUACUGCUUUGGAAAGGUGUUGCUGGAGCUGGUAACUGGUAAGCUCGGCCUCAGUGCCUCAAGUGACUCCAACAUGAAGGAGUGGUUGGAAGCAACAUUGCCUUGUAUAAGUAUAUACGACAAGGAACUCGUGACAAAUAUCCUAGACCCAUCUCUAAUCAUUGACGAAGAUUUAUUAGAAGAAGUAUGGGCUAUGGCUAUAGUUGCGCGAUCUUGCCUCAAUCCCAAGCCUUCAAGGCGACCACUCAUGAGAUACAUCCUAAAAGCUUUGGAAAACCCAUUGAAGGUAGUGAGGGAAGAACACACUAGCUCUGCCCGGUUGAGAACGACUUCCUCUAGAGGGUCUUGGAAUGCCGCUCUUUUCGGAAGCUGGCGUCACAGCUCAUCAGAUGUAGUGGCCAUGUCAGCGCUUCCCGCUAGCAAACAUGAAGGUGCAAGUAGUUUCAAACAGUCGGGAACUUCAGCGUCUCAGGGAAGUGGUCAGAAUGGCGGGGGCGAUCAAUCAUCAUCGACUAGACGACAGUCAAAGGACAUAUUUCCGGAACCAUCUGAAGAGCAAGAUGUAGAGAAACCAAAUGAGGACUAGGAGGGAGAUUAAUUGUUCUUGAUUCUUUGUUAAUAAUACAGUGGGGCUCCCCAUUUGCGUGCCUUGCUUUGUUGGUUCCCCGGUACACUCUCUCCUCCAAAUUAGGGAAUGUGGCGUUGCAAAUCCAUUUUUGUUCUUACCCUCGUGAAUGUCCAAAAAUUGCAUAGCCUCCUGAAGAGAAACUGAUAUUUUAAGUUUGAGGUACUUAUUUUGCUUCCCUGAACAGCCAAGUCAAAUUGUUUGUGUUUUGAGACUUUUUUUUUUUUAUUAAUUUUUUGUUCUUUUGUUUUUUUGUGGAGAGAGAGGAAGAGUUAGAGGAGGAAAACGGUCAGAGGGGAGAGGGUACAAUUGGUGGGUUUUGUUCUAAAUUGGUUUUUGAGAGCUUGUUUGUGGGUUGAAACAAGCUACAAUUUUUAUCUGUAAUUGAUCUUUGUGACUUCGGUCUUCUUCUCAUGGAAUGUAAAUUGUAAUCAUUCAGCCUUUUCUCAUUUUUGAAUUGGAUUUUCAUUUGGUCGA